AUGUUAGUUUCGAUGCAGAGGUCUCUGAACUUGGAAAUAUUAACUUGUCCACAUUGUGCAUGCCUGCAUGAAAUAGAUCAGAGUGGCAACCCUAUUCCAGCAAUCAAUGGUGUAAAUGACUGCCAGAGCGGAGAGGACAAGAAAAACUGCACAGUGUGCCAGGAGCAUGAGUUUGCAUGCAGCAACAGGCAGUGUGUGUCCCUGGAGGGGAAAUGUGAUGGCAUUGUGCAGUGCUCAGAUGGGCUGGACAAGCAGGCCUGCAAAGUCGGGACGUGUGACACAGAUGACUGUAAUGAUGGCUCUGAUGAAGAAAAUUGUAACAAAGGUAAGGACUGUGUGAUGGUUAACUCUUCCAACAUUACCCAACUUUGUUUAUCUGUUAUGGUUUUCCUUCUUAAUUGUUUGUUGUUUGGUUAA